AUGCAGGAUGCUGGUCUCACCAACGAUAAUUAUUUCUUGGUGGGAUCCGAAGAAGGCACAUUGUACUCUGGCUGUCGACAUGGCAGCAAAACUGGUAUACUCGAGUCCUACGAAGGCCACCACGGACCAGUUACGGGUCUGGAUCCACAUCCAGGUUCAAGUCUGUUUUCCAGUGCACCGGAUUUAUCCCACCUCUUCCUCACCUCCUCCUUUGACUGGACUGUCAAACUAUGGAGUGCGAGGGACAAGAAACCGGUCUACAGCUUUGAAUGCGGCUCUGACUACGUGUAUGACGUGUCAUGGAGCCCGGUGCACCCGGCUGUGUUCGCCACUGUGGACGGAACCGGUCGGUUGGAUAUGUGGAACCUGAACUUUGACACAGAGGUUCCAGCAGCUAGUGUUUAUGUGGAUGGUGGAUCAGCUGCGUUGAAUUGCGUGAGCUUGACGCAGAGUGGUCAGCAUGUCAUUGUGGGUGACAUGGCUGGCAAGCUCUGGGUCUAUGAUCUUGGAGACAGGCGAACUUCCGAACCAAUCCUCACGUGCAUUCACAAAGCAGUUGAGCCCAAGGCCACUUGCAGGAAGUUGUAA